AUGAUAGAGUCCCGCAGACGCCGAAAUAUUCGCCUGCGCGGCAUUCAAGAGAGGAUAGAGGAUGAGGCAUUGAUGCCCUUUCUCCAGAGACUGAUUGCCUCCAUGGGCCUCAAGGGGGGCGCUGACCCCACGCUGAUAUCCAAUGCUUUCCGGAUUCGCAAGGCAGUGACAGCACCGACCAGAGCAUCGAGAGACACCAUAGUGAUCACCAGGGACGUCGCUGCUUGCGCUGCUAUCCUGGCCCACUCCAGAGACAAAGGGAAGUUCCAGUUUAAAGGUUGCACAGUGGCAGUGUUCAGCGAUCUACCAUUUCCCAUGCUGGAAAAGAGGCUCUUGACUCCAAUAGCUGGUCAGCUGAGAGAAUACUCAGUGAGAUACUGGUGGGGAGGAGAUGGAUCCUUGAUUGACCCUGACAAUUGA